AUGCCUUCAUCUGGCACCGGAGAGUCGGACACCACAGACCCCAUGCCCAUAGUAUCGGACGACAUGGUGUCAUCAGAGCACGAGGUGUAUACUUUGGACACCACCAGCACGAACGACGAUGAUUUUCAGCCAUUUGCGCUGCCCGAUGUCGUUGUUGAGCCCGCUGAUGGCCCUAUCGCUGGGGAUUUGCCGCUUGCGGUGAUCCCUGCCCCUGUACCCCUUGUCGCGUACCCUGUUAUUGAUAUGCCUCUUGACGUAGUCGCUGACGACGACGUCGACUUGUCCGAUGAGGACCCACUCGGGGAUGAUUUUGAGGGCGAGGCCCACAUUGCUGCUGGUGAUCUCCUACUUCUUGCCGAUGCUCCCGCUGAGGAGGCACCCGUUCAUUCACCAGUCCCAGACUCCUUUGAGUCUGUGGCAUCUGCACCAUCGCACGCGCAGGGAGUGCAGCACUAUUCACAUGACACAGACCCUGAUAUGGCAUCAUCCGCUGCACCUGCCCCUGCCCCUAGUCUUGCGUUCGAUCAUGAUAUUGAUGAUGAUUCUGACCCUAUUUUCCCUCCUGGCUUUGAUCCCGAUCAUGAUAUUGAGUUUGUACAUCUAGAUCAGCCCAUGGAGGAUCCCGUGGCCCCUGUUCAUCCUGUGUUUGCUGAUCCCGCUGAUUUUGAGAUGGACUUUGAUGACCCAGAGCCUGCUGUGGCCCUUGAGCCAGUUGACGCUCCUGACCCCGCAUUGGAGCAUGACCCUAUUCAUGUCGAUGCACUUGCGAUUGCCCCUUUGGCUGAUGAUAUACCUGUCGAUGAUCACCCUAUUGUUGCUCCACUAUUGGAGGAUGAGCAUGCCGUUGAUGCUUAG